AUGGCCAUGACCGAGACGCAGAACCUCCCGCACUUUCCUCCGCCGCCCUACCUCCUUGACCCCUACCGCCGCCUGCCCCAGCCCGUCCAGCUUCCUCCCCUCUCCGUGCCUCGGGAUCCCGUGCGACCUGACUUCCCGCCCUUCUUCUCGCCCUCUCAGCGCUCACUGCCUUCCAUCUCCUCUCUCUCCACCGCCUCUGCUCCCGCCCAGUCCCGGCCUGAGCACCACCGGCCCCACGUCCGCGCUGCUCCCGUCGACAAGCUCCUCUCCUCGAAUCCCUACACGCCGCCUCGCUCGGAUCCUCCCUACUCUCCUCCCCUGCAGUAUGGUCGCACAGUUUCUCCGAGGUCACAGGUAGAUGCCAGGCCCCCUCCUCCACGCCCCGUGGCGCGCUAUCCCGAGGAACCGCGUCCCAUCCACCACCCGGAGCCCGUGUACCCGCCUCAAGCAAAUCCCCCACCGCCCCCUCCGCAGAGACAGCCCUCGUACCAGCCGCUACCGUCCCCCAGCUACACCUCCAGCUACCCGCCCAGCAACGCCUCGUACCGCGGCUCAAUUGACUCGCACCGAGGAUCCGCCUCGACCUAUGGAUCGGCCUACGCUGAACCCGUAGCUCCUCCGCCCGCGGCACAAAGACCUCCGCCUCCGCCUCCGCCCCAAGUAACCGCCGCCAGCGCUGGGCCCAGCAUCGUCCCGAAUGCACCCUACCGCGGGCCACAGCCGGACAAGACGCAAUAUGAGUAUAAGCUCGUGGUGCGGCAGCAACCGGUUGCUGCUCGUGCGUGCGGAUUUGGAGAGCGUGACCGGAGGGUGAUCGACCCUCCACCCAUCAUUCAGCUCCUGGUGACGGACCCCAAGACUGGGCAGUCGGACCCGGACGAGCUGCGAUAUUCGUUGAACGUUGUGCACUGCACACUAUGGAAUGCCGACGGGACCAACGAGGAAACCGCACUGAUCCAGCCUGACCGAAGAACGACCCGGCGUCUCAUGGGCCAACUGGUUGCGUCCCCCUCGGUUGCCAAGGACGAGCACGAUGUCGAAGGCUGUUUCUUUUGCUUCCCCGACCUGUCGUGCCGCACGCACGGCAGAUACCGGCUUCGGUUCGUCCUGAUGCGGAUCGACCCGAUGAAUCUGCACGUCGGCGGGCUGAUGCCGAUCCUAACAGAAGUCUUGAGCGAUGUCUUCACAGUCUACACUGCCAAGGACUUCCCGGGAAUGCGGCCCAGCAGUGCCCUGACGCGAGCGCUAAAGUUACAAGGAUGCAACAUCCAGGUCAAGAAGGGGAAUGAGAAGGCUUUGGCCCGGCGGCGAGCCAGCCACAUCAGCGACGAGGAUGACCAUGGGGACAACGAUUCGCAUUCGGGGCGCAAACGGCGCAGGGAGUAA